AGUUUUCCAAUGACCGCUGACGUGUUGAAAGUCACUUCCGGUACUGGCUGUUGAUAGUGUUUGUGUUUACAGGAGAAAUACGGAGACUGGAAGUUGAGAAAAGUGGAUUAACAGGAAAGUGUUGACUUGCAGAGGGAUCAAAGAUGUCGAACUUUGACCCUUGUGAGUGUGUGGACCUUUUCAACCAUGAGGGUGCUAUGCGUAGGCUGAUCAACCUGCUUCGUGAUUCGCAGAAUGCUUGCACUGAUGGUGGAUGUGAGGAAUUGCCCGGGGAUCCAAGUGCCCCCAACUGUGCAGAUGGGUACAUGAUGCUCCUGAUGGGUUGGGUGGUCGUGGCAACACUCCUGUACUUUCUCCGCCCGAAGAAUCUUCGCCUUCGAGGAAACGAGAAGCCCUCACCUGCCUCUGGGGAUGGAUCGGACCCACCUCCUCCUGGCCCGGCCGUGAACUAAAUCGGGACCAAGUUUUCACUCCUACAUUGGCUGUGACGAUGCAAAAACACAACCAAGACAAAUUCGCAAGUCUUGGCAGAAAUCACCUCUUUUGUUACGCAGGACUGUUGCAAUUUCAUCUAAGAUUUCUCGUUGAAAACAAAGAUGUCAAGUUAUUGUAAAAAUGUACCAUUUUGAGAAUGCUGUGUACUGCAAAAUAUAAUUAAACCAAUCUCACUUGCAC